AUGUCACUAAACCACACUUCCAUCGAGCAAGAUGGCCUAAUUGUUGGGCUUCAGCAGCUCCUCAUCGGCGAAGAAAGGGACAAAAGCCCAGGCACAACGCUUGCGACUAAUUCAGAAAGCUCUUGGUUCUGGGCCGAUUUCGUAAGCCCCUGUGGAAGUCUGCAUAUGUUGGAUUUGGCUCCAUACACGCAUCGGACAGACUCGAAUGGCAACACUCUUCUCAUCGCGGCUGCAUCUUUUGGCAACGAUUCUUGGACUGAACAAUUGAUCAGACAAGGCGCGAAUGUCAAUGCGAGAAACUUAUUGGGUAGAACGGCCCUCAUGGAAGCUUCACUAUGGGGAAGAUUGAGUAUUGUGCAGAUACUGCUGGCCAGCUGGGCAGACGCAGACCUCAGAGACGAAGAAGGAAAUGGAGCGUUCAACCUUGCGAAGCCGGUUGAGCUGAACAGCUAUGAGAGAUAUGAGCGUAGCGAGAAAGAACGUAUCAUCGAGCGUCCGUGGCUAGACGAGAAACAUCGCCUAAAGAUUCUUGAGCUGAUGAGUCCAAGAGAAGGAAUCAUUGUCGCGAACAAGGCCGCAGAAGCCCGGAUCAACUACGCAUUUUUCGAUCAAUCUCUAGAUGGUAAAUACACCAAUCUUGUCCUGAAGUACUUCCCCACAAGGCCCGAUCCAUCGAGGCGCCCCAAGACGGUAGCACGAAUUGUAGACGGCUCAGUAGCCAUUGAUGCGAUGAGUGGUUGGGUCCACGAUGAUCAAUAUACGAUCCCAGGAAGCUCAACAUGGGAAGUGCUUAAGUUCGCAAAGGAUAUCAUGGUCGAGUUCCCACCGCAUGAAAACGACAAGUACGAUUUCCAAGGAGGAGACGACCAGAACUACCAAACUCAGCAACCAGUGCAAGGAAGCUAUUAUGCUAGCCACGCAGAGCCCCAGGUCGUUGUGCACUAUCUGAAAGUAAAGCGAAUAUGUCUAGAUGUGGAAGCCGUCUCUACCGGUGUAGCAUCUUUGGCCAUUCGGGACGUCCAGAUUAUCGUGAGCAACAGAAUAUGCCCAAUCUGUAUGGACUUUAUGGGCCAUGUCAACAGUAUCACUCGGAAGUCUGCCAACUUUCAAUUCGUGGCAUGGGAAAGAUAUGUCGAAGAUAAUGGCAAGCUAGUAGCCCGCAAGAUAGAGCUGGUGAUGCCGGGGUCUGUUUGA